GGGCCGUCCCGCACACCCUGUCCUUUGCUGCCGUUCGGCCACCGGGCGGCCCGCUGGACUGCAGGUCGCUGCCAGUUCGAACACACCUCGAGGCAGUAUCCUCUCAGAUGCCACCCAUCGUGCCAGCCGCACGUCGGAACAGCUCUGCCGCCGAGCGGCGGCGGGCGAAGAAGAAGCGCAAGCGCGCCGCCGAGGAGGCUGACGACCUGCCGCCGGGCUUUGCAGCCUUCGCUGCCGAGGCUGCCGCCGGCGGGGCGGACUCGGACGAGGAGGACGGCGGCGCGAGGGAGCCCGACGAGUUGGACGAGGAAGCAGCGGCUGUCCAGAGCGUGGACGGGCUCGACGACGAGAGCGAGGGUGGCGCCAGCGGCGGCUCCGUGGCGGCGGCGGGCGGCGGUGAGGAGGAGGAGGAGGAGGGCCGCGAGGCUCUGCUGGCGCAGCUGCUCUCGCCGGAGCUGCUUUCGCUCUCGCUCUCCGAGUGGCGCGCCGAGAGCGGGCUCGAGAUCCUCGCGUCGGCGGAUCGGCCCGACAAAGCGAGUUUGCAAGCGGACCGGCUGGCGGGCUGGCUGCUGGCGCCGCUCUCGCCGGCGCAGUUUGAGGAGGAGGUCCGGGAGCGGAGGCCUCUGCACAUCUCUCGCUCCGCCGACCGAGCGUAUCACCGCGGCUGGUUCGGCUCCGAGGAGCUGCGGCAGCUGCUGCGUGACGGCGACCUCAAGUACACCGACGGGCUCGACGUGACGCGCUACACCGUCGAGGGCGGCCGCGCCACGCUCAACGGGGAGGGCGCUGCCACGGCGGAGGAGGUGCUGGCCGCGUUUGAGGGCGGCUGCUCCGUGCGGCUGUCGUGGCCGCAGCGGCACUCGGACACGGUGUGGGGACUGCUCGCGUCGCUCGAGGAGCACUUUGGGUGCGGCGCGGGAUGCAACGUCUACUACACUCCGGCGGGCAGCCAGGGCUUCGCGCCGCACUACGACGACGUCGACGUCUUCAUUCUGCAGGUCGAGGGCGAGAAGCGGUGGACGCUGCACGCCCCUCCGGCUCCGGAGCACGUGCUGCCGCGCGACCCCUCGCCCGACUUCGCACCCGCCGACCUCGGCCCUCCCCUCGCGAGUGUCGCGCUCAAGCCGGGAGACCUGCUCUACCUGCCGCGCGGGACGGUGCACCAGGCCUUCACGCCGGCCGGCGGCGCCGCGUCGCUCCACCUCACCGUCUCGAUCUCGAGGCGGCACACGUGGCGCGACUUGCUCGAGCUGGGGCUGGCGGGCGCUCUCGAGGAGGCGGCGGCCGCCGACGUGACUUGGCGGCGCGCGCUCCCGCGCGAGUACGAGUCCUUCAUGGGCGUGCUGCACUCGGACCGCGCCGACGCGCGCCGCGCGCAGUUCAGCCAGAUGGCGCACGGCUUGCUGCAGCGGCUCGUCGCGUCGAUGCCGCUCGACGCCGUCGCCGACCAGUUCGCAGGCCGAGGCUGGAUGUACGACCGCAUGCCGCCGCACGCGACGCCCGACGACGCGCGGCGGCUUGCUCGCGCGGGGUCCCUCUCCCUCGCGUCCAAGGUCCGUCUCCGCUCGCGCUCCGCCGCUCGACUCGCCGUCGAGGGCGACGUGGCGGUGCUCUACCACCACGGCACGAACACGCGCGCCUACCACGAGGUGGAUGAGCCGCAGCACAUCGACUUCGACCUCGACGCGGCCCCUGCGCUGGAGCAGCUGCUCGCGUCGUACCCAAAGUACGUGCGUGUGGGCGCGCUGCCGUGCGAGACGGCCGCGCAGCGGCUCGACGUCGCGAACGCGCUCGCCGAGGCGCAUCUGAUCCUGGUGAAGCCCGGCGAGCCGCCGCCCGCCGCAAAGCCGAAGCAAAAAGCGGGAAAGCGAAAGCCGGGCGCGCAGUGA